GUAAGUUGCUACCAGGGGCGGACUGACCAUUUGGAAACUCGGGCACUGCCCGAGGGCCCCGGGUCAGUAGGGGGCCCCAUGAGAUGCCCCUGGUACCUUUUUCAUAGGCUUUUUUGAGUUUGGGCAAGGACACAGGGGCACCAUGAUCCCCUAUUGCCCGGGGGCCCCAUGAGUUGUCAGUAUGCCCCUGGUCGCUACCUACCAUUUAGUGUUGUCAGCUUUCCCUUCAGUUGGCCACUGAGCUGCCCAUCAGAUCUGUCAGCAGCUCGGCAUGGGUGCCAUUCA